AUGAUGGUGAAAGCUGGCAGAACGACAUCGUUAUAUGCUCACUCGUGGGAGUUCUGGCGUUUGGUAGCUGUAAUAUUUUCCCUGUCUUUUAUCUUUCAGUUUAUUCUCUUCGCUUCUAUAGAAGAAUUCACAGAGUUCUCAGUCUGCUACAACCUCCUCAAGACAGCAACCGCUGAAUAUGAAGUCGAUGACACGAUCGAUCCCAUGACAAGGAUCUCUGUUUCUCCCGCUCCCAGUUACGUAGGAAAUGUACCAGAGUUUUACAAUGAUGCAUAUAUAAAUGCGAGCUCGGAAGCAAUUCAGGUUCCAGACGUAGAUCUGCACACGCAGUCCUUGCCGAAUUGUACAUGUGCACAAAGCCAGGAUUCUGGAGGCCUUCGGAAGGCAGAGGAACCAAGAGCUCUGCAGCCACUGAGCUUCGCCCUCUACCCCUACGCCAAGUUCAGUACCUACAGGUUGUCACUGAAUACGUUCUUCGUGGUUGGACUCACUUCUGCCGUGGCCAGGGCCUUUGACACGCCGGUAUACAAUUGUCAGUGGAAGCAGAGAGGCAAGGAUUUAGUUAUAACAAAUGCAGAGAUGAUUUACAUCAAGUAUGAUGAAAAUCGUAUGCCUUUUGUCCCUUCCAUCGUCAACUGUACCUUUCCAACUGCAGUGGGAGAAGACGGCAACGGUGGGGUCUUGAAGCUUGCAGUUACCAUCAAACCCAAGCGCGACAGUCCCACUGGCACUGUCACUGCCGACGUUUUGUACGAAUCGAAGGGAGCAGUUCGGAGUUUCAAUGACACCUUGAAAACAUUGGAACGGGAUGGUGCAGCUUCUCUGCCAUACAAAUAUGCGUUUUGUGGACCUCCGAUGCAUGGCAAGAUCAGAGCAGAGUGGAUCCUUGGCUGGCUGACUUAUCACUACAACCUGUACGAAGGAUUGGAGGGCAAGGUCCGAUUCUUCUUCUACAACGUCGGCGGUCUUCAUCCGGAAGGGAGAAGGUUGUUGGAUCCCUUCAUCCAAGCUGGAGUGAUCGAAGUAAUAGAUGCUUUAGAUGAGUGGUACUAUCCUGCACAUUACCAUAACCAGGUGAUGUUUAUCAACGACUGCCUCCAUAGAACAAGGUACCUCGCUCAGUGGACUCUUUUCCAUGACUUCGACGAGUUUUUGUACAUCCCUCCACCUCUCACUCUGGCAACGCUGCUUCAGCAGAACGAAGAUAGACCUUGGAUGACAUUUGGAAGCAUGCCUGCUUCAUGGGGUCUCUGCACUGACCGUCCGGAACCGUCGACGAACAAAUGGCCUGUGGAGAAGAUGGUCUGGGUUGAGAAGCAGCCCGAGUGCAGAUACGCGAAGAUGUCAACAGAUCCAUGGAUGUGCACUGGUCCUCUGGGAAGAAGAAAGUAUGUAGUAAAUCCAAGAAAAGUUCUAGCUUCAGGUGUUCAUGUCAUUUCUUUAGACACCGAAGCUGGGGGUCUAGACUUGAACGGAAGUGUCGGACGCGUCCACCACUAUCAUGGUGCCCUGGCAUUGAUGAACAGACUCUGUGGCACUAAUGUGAGUUUGCCCAUUUCAGCUGACAAUUCAUCUGACAUUAGUCGGUAUGUCUUCGACGAUGCUGUGGCCCGAGAUAUAACCAAGGCGAGAGAGUUGCUAGCACCACUCUUGGGAGAAGUUUAG